AAUCAGAAUCAAAAUCGCUCAAUCUCUACGUUCAGAUUCUUCUGCUUCGCUUUCUAUCUCAAACAAGCUAUUUUCUCUCGCUUUAUCAUUGCUAUGGCGGACGUUCAGAUGGCUGAUGCAGAGACCUUCGCUUUCCAGGCUGAGAUCAACCAGCUUCUGAGUUUGAUCAUCAACACCUUCUACAGCAACAAGGAGAUUUUCCUUCGAGAACUCAUCAGCAAUUCCUCUGAUGCUUUGGAUAAAAUUCGAUUUGAGAGCCUGACCGACAAAAGCAAGCUCGAUGCUCAGCCAGAGCUUUUCAUUCGGAUUGUACCUGACAAGGUUAACAAGACGCUCUCCAUCAUUGACAGUGGGAUUGGCAUGACCAAAGCAGAUUUGGUGAACAACUUGGGUACAAUUGCAAGGUCUGGCACCAAGGAAUUUAUGGAGGCUUUGCAAGCUGGAGCCGAUGUUAGCAUGAUUGGACAGUUCGGUGUUGGUUUCUACUCCGCCUAUCUUGUUGCUGAGAAGGUCAUUGUGACUACAAAGCACAAUGAUGACGAGCAAUACAUCUGGGAAUCACAGGCUGGUGGUUCCUUCACUGUCACUAGGGAUGUCAAUGGUGAACAGCUUGGCAGGGGUACCAAGAUCACCCUCUUCCUCAAGGAGGACCAGUUGGAAUACUUGGAAGAAAGGAGGAUCAAGGACCUCGUGAAGAAGCACUCUGAAUUCAUCAGCUACCCCAUAUACCUCUGGACUGAGAAGACUACUGAGAAAGAGAUCAGUGAUGAUGAAGACGAUGAACCCAAGAAGGAAGAGGAAGGAGAUGUUGAGGAGGUUGAUGAGGAUAAGGAGAAAAAAUCCAAGAAGAAGAAGGUCAAGGAGGUUUCUCACGAGUGGCAGCUCAUCAACAAACAGAAACCCAUUUGGCUGCGCAAGCCUGAGGAAAUUACAAAGGAUGAAUACGCUUCCUUCUACAAGAGCUUGACCAAUGACUGGGAGGAGCACCUUGCUGUCAAGCACUUCUCUGUUGAAGGACAGCUUGAGUUCAAGGCCAUUCUCUUUGUCCCAAAGAGGGCUCCAUUUGACCUCUUUGACACCAGGAAGAAGAUGAACAACAUUAAGCUUUAUGUGAGGAGAGUGUUCAUCAUGGACAACUGUGAGGAGCUCAUCCCAGAGUAUCUAGGUUUCGUCAAGGGUGUUGUGGACUCUGAUGAUUUGCCUCUCAACAUCUCUCGUGAGAUGCUACAACAGAACAAGAUCUUGAAGGUGAUCAGGAAGAAUCUUGUGAAGAAGUGUAUCGAGAUGUUCAAUGAGAUUGCUGAGAACAAGGACGACUACCAGAAGUUCUAUGAGGCAUUUUCCAAGAACUUGAAAUUGGGUAUCCAUGAAGACAGCCAGAACAGAGCCAAGCUUGCCGACCUUCUCCGAUUCCACUCAACCAAGAGCGGCGAGGAGUUGACAAGCCUGAAGGACUAUGUGACAAGAAUGAAGGAGGGUCAGAAGGACAUCUACUACAUCACUGGUGAAAGCAAGAAGGCAGUGGAGAACUCUCCGUUCCUGGAACGCCUAAAGAAGAAGGGCUAUGAAGUCCUUUUUAUGGUGGACGCGAUUGACGAGUAUGCUGUUGGGCAAUUGAAGGAAUAUGAUGGCAAGAAGCUGGUCUCUGCAACCAAGGAAGGCCUCAAGCUUGACGAUGAGACUGAGGAAGAGAAGAAGAAAAAGGAGGAGAAAAAGAAGUCUUUUGAGAGCCUCUGCAAGACCAUCAAGGACAUUUUGGGCGACAGGGUUGAGAAGGUGGUGGUCUCUGACAGAAUUGUGGACUCUCCUUGCUGCUUGGUGACCGGAGAAUAUGGCUGGACCGCAAACAUGGAGAGGAUCAUGAAGGCUCAGGCUCUGAGGGACAACAGCAUGAGCUCGUACAUGUCCAGCAAGAAGACAAUGGAGAUCAACCCCGACAACGGAAUCAUGGAGGAGCUGAGGAAGAGGGCAGAGGCGGACAAGAACGACAAGUCUGUGAAGGACCUUGUGCUGCUUCUGUUCGAGACGGCCCUCUUGACCUCUGGUUUCAGCCUGGAUGAUCCAAACACUUUUGCAGCGAGAAUUCACAGGAUGCUGAAACUGGGGCUUAGCCUUGAUGACGAGGAGACUGCUGGGGAAGAUGCUGACAUGCCUGCACUGGAGGAAGAUGGUGCUGAGGAGAGCAAGAUGGAGGAGGUCGACUAAAUCAUCUACAUUUUGAGGAGUAAAUUGGAUUUGAGCUUGUGGAUAUUUUGGGUAUUUGAACAUAGUGAAGCGUCUGGUUUAUGGGAGGAAGGUGCUCCUGUGGUGUCUUUUUUUCUCUUUUUGUUGAAUUGUGUCUUUUUUAAGUCCCAAUAGUUUUUGUUUUUUUUAGUCGGAGAGUGUGGAGUCUUGUAGUUGUGCUUAAAUUCUGAACUCUGGUACAAAGUCAAUAUAAUUUGGGAAUUCU